UUCCAUGCUAGGUCACCCCUAAUGAGGAUCACCCUUCUGAUCUUGACACGUGUCCCUGAAUUCGAUGCUCAACCCAGCUCAUGGAGUCAGCGAAACCCGGUUCUGUUUCCCCCAAAACCCGGCUACAGGCGGGUUUUUAAUUGUAUAGGUUAGGACACGUGUUUGUGUGCCAUUUAUUAUUGAAAUGAAGCUUACUGAACAAUCUUGGUGAUCGGACAAAUCAGAAAUUCUCCUUUUCCGGCUUGCUUUGAAAGAUUUGUCGCAUCGACCCGAAGUUUCAUGUUUCAUGUGGUGAUUUUUUACAAGAUCCGUCAUCGGUUUAUAUUGUUCCAACAUUUCAUUGUGUUGAAUGCGAAAGGGGAAAAAUCAAACUUUUCGAUCGUGGAGGCCCGGGAUCGAAGCAAAUUUGGGAGGUUAAGCAUGCAGCUGCAAAUUUCGUGAGGAAGGCAAUAGCAUUUCUUACUGUGGCAGAGAUUGGUUGUAUUGAGGUUCCAAUUAUUGUGUUACCCGAGGAAUAUUAGAUGAUGGAUCAUGUUGGUAUUCCUUCAACCUUGCAUCCCGCUUCACCUAUUCCUAUUCAUAAUUCAAAGAGUUUGCUGACAAAAAGACGUCUGACAUAUGAGGAAGUUGAUGCUGUUAAAAAAGGCAGUGAAAUACAGAAGACGCCAAAGAAUAAUUCAGAACUGCUUUUGGAAGAGAAACAGGUGUUACGUUUGGAUCCCCGCCGUUCCCCUCGUUUGGUUGAACAAGGCAAGAAAAUAGAAGAAAAGAAGGCGAAAGAUGAGGAUGAUUAUGCAGCAAAUGAAGCAUCUAGCACUGCCCUUUGUAAAAAUUGUUUAAAAAUUCUGAAUUACGCAACGGCAGAGGAAAAUGCAAAGAGUAAUACCAAUGCCAAACUGAUCUUCUUGAUCAGUUUGUUGAAGGAGAAAGUUGAGAAGUUAGAUAAGAAAAUAGAGAAGCUCUUUGUUAAAGUUGAGACUCGUAAUACGACUCUACAUGAGGAGGUGAUAGAGUGCCUUCGGUCUUACUUUCAGAAGAAGGCAAGCGCAGACCCCAUAAAAUCUGGUGCAGAGAGAGGCAGUAAAGUUGAUGAAGUUGUAGUUGGCAAUAAUAAUGGAGAGUUUGGUGAUGAUGGUGGUGAAUUUGCUCGAUUUGCGAAUAUAGAAGAACUUAUUAAUAUGUGUAGAAAAGUUGAGGCAUAGAAGGGUUUUAAUAAUGUCUUGUGUGGCAAGGAAUGGGUGUUUGAAAUCGAGUGGCUGUGAAGAACUUUAUUCAUCAUCACCCUAUGUAGCCGGAGAUGAGGACGUGAGCUGAAAUCCCGUGCGAAACACCAUCACAAUUAGCUCCGUGAAGAUGGAGGCCUACGUUGAAGUAUGGUGAAACAAAUUCCCAGCAAUGUUUUGUCUUCUUAUGUUUAGCUUGAACAAGUUAAUAAAAAUCUUUCGUUGUAGGGAGAUCCGUGGGUGCUUACAGGAACCACGGUGACCCAAUGUUCUUCCUGAUGUGUGGAAUCUUUUAUGAAGAGGAUUGAGGAACCUUUUUUUAGUAACUAGAUUAUUUGAACCUCUAUGUUUAGGUUUGUUAUUAUCUGAUGUGUUAUCCACAUCAUGGCUA